AUGUGUAAAGGAGGAAUCAAGAGGAAAGAUGUAAAGAGAAAGCUAGAGCCAUUGGUACAUGAACUGGUGGGAGACACUGUCUUUAUGGAUUUCCAGCUGGGCUUGUGCUCUUGCUGCCAGUUCCCCCUGAGGGGGAGGCUGUUGGAAGGGGAUUCUCUGGAGCUGAGCUGUAGUGCUGGUCCUGCAAAGGUGAUACUGGAGCCAAACCAAGUCGUGAUUUUGGACUGUAACCUGUCCCCUGUUGAGCAGGUGAUCAAUAUCACGUGGAAGAAGAAUGGGUUUCCAUUAGUGGAGCAGGAACAUCUCCAUGUGCUUCCAAAUGGAUCGCUCUUCAUCUCAUCCCAGGCCGUGGCAAAGGACAGUAAAUAUCCUGAGAGGGCUGAUGCUGAGGGUAAUUACUCCUGCGUGUCUCACAGUUCCCUAGGGGCUAUCACCAGUCAAACGGCUGCAGUCAGAUUUUCAACAUUAUCACGCUUUUUCCAACAGCCAGAGUCACAGACAGUGGAAGAAAAUGGCAUGGCCCGGUUUGAGUGUCGGAUUGAAGGACUGCCCUCCCCUGUCAUCACCUGGGAGAAGGACAAUGAAGCUGUUCCAGCAGAACCCAGGUUUAUAACUCUUCCAAAUGGUGUCCUCCAAAUCGUGGAUGUGCAGGAGAGUGAUGCUGGAGCUUACCACUGCGUGGCAACCAACGCUGCCCGAAAACGCUACAGCAGUGAUGCAGUCCUCAGCGUCCUGAAAGGUUCCCAGCCAGCAGGAGGAGAUGUCACCAUCAUUGCUGCGCCAGAGAACACCACGGUGGUGGCUGGGGAGAGCGUGGUGAUGGAGUGCAUGGCAGCUGCUGAUCCCACCCCCUUUGUCUCCUGGAUACGACAGGAUGGAAAGCCCGUUUCCACAGAUGUGAUUGUGCUGGGCCGGACAAAUCUCCUCAUUCCUUCCAGCCAGCCCCAUCACUCAGGGGUGUAUGUCUGCCGUGCUAACAAACCCCAGACCAGACAGUUCGUUACAGCCGCAGCUGAGCUCCGGGUCCUUGCUACACCCAGCAUCUCCCAGGCUCCUGAAACCAUCUCUCGCACCCGAGCCAGCACGGCCCGGUUUGUCUGCAAGGCAGAGGGAGAGCCAGCCCCAACCAUCCACUGGCUGAAGAACGGCGAGGCCAUCCUCUCCAACGGGCGGGUGAAGGUGCAGAGCAGCGGGAGCCUCGUGAUCAAUCAGAUUGGCUUGGAGGAUGCUGGCUACUAUCAGUGUGUGGCUGAGAACAGCCUGGGCAUGGCUUGUGCUACUGCCAAGCUCUCGGUGAUCGUGCGGGAGGGUUUGCCCAGCGCUCCCAAGAAGGUGUCAGCUGUGUCCCUCUCCAGCACCACAGUCCUUGUGUCCUGGGAGCGGCCAGAGUACAACAGCGAGCAGAUCAUUGGCUUCUCAUUGCAUUACCAGCGUGCUGUGGGGACAGACAAUGUUGAAUACCAGUUUGCUGUCAAUAAUGAUACCACUGAGCUGCAAGUCAAGGACCUAGAACCCAAUACCAACUAUGUCUUCUACGUGGUCGCAUAUUCUCAGCUCGGAGCCAGCCGGACAUCCUCUUCCAUCAUUGUUCAGACCCUGGAGGACGUUCCUAGUGCUGCCCCUCAGCUGUCCCUGUCGAGUAUGACUCCUGGUGACAUCCGUGUGACAUGGCUGCCGCCUCCUCCAGAACUGAGUAACGGCAAGAUAACGAAGUACAAGAUUGACUACUGCACCCUCAAGGAAGAUCAGGUUACCUCCAUUGAAGUGGGUGGAAAUGAGACACAAAUCACUCUCUACUCGCUCCAUCCCAACAAAGUGUACAAAGUUCGCAUUGCGGCCAGCACCAGCAUGGGCUAUGGGGCCCCUUCUGAGUGGACACAGCAUCGGACUCCUGACAGAGACAACCAGACGCAUGUUCCAUUUGCCCCAACAGAAUUAAAAGUCCGAGCAAAGAUGGAGUCUCUCCUGAUAACGUGGCAGCCCCCAGCCAACCAUGCCCAGAUAUCUGGGUACAAGCUCUACUACCGAGAAGUGGGCCCAGAGGAGUCCAGCGAUGAAAAUCCUUUGGAUGGUGCUGAAGAUGAGAGCUGGGACGUAGGACCCAUAAAACUAAAGAAGAAAGUGAAGCAGUAUGAGCUGACUCGACUAGCUCCUGGGAAACUCUAUGAGGUGAAGCUGGUGGCAUUCAAUAAACACGAAGAUGGUUAUGCAGCGGUUUGGAAGGGCAAAACAGAAAAGGCCCCUGCAACAGCAGUAGAUCCCCCUGUGCAGAAGGGUCCUCCUCUGCCUCCAGUCCAAGUCUAUGCAGAAUCUAACAGCUCAACUUCCAUAUGGCUCAGGUGGAAGAAACCUGACUUCACAACUGUCAAAAUUGUCAACUACACUGUGCGCUUCAGCCCCUGGGGCCUGAAAAACGCCUCUCUUGUUACAUACUACACAAGCUCGGAUGAAGACAUUCUCAUUAGUGGGUUGAAGCCCUACACCAGGUAUGAGUUUGCUGUGCAGUCCAAUGGUGUUGGCAUCGAUGGGCCCUUCGGCAGUGUGGUGGAACGGUUCACCCUUCCUGACCGUCCCUCUACUCCUCCAUCUGACCUGCGGCUGCACCCGCUCAACCCUUAUGCUGUCCAGGUGCACUGGUGCCCCCCUGUUGAGCCCAAUGGCAUCAUUGUGGAGUACCUCAUCCUGUACAAUGCCAACAACACGCAGCCAGAUGACAUGUGGACCUUGCUGACACGAGAAGGAAAUAUCUUCAGCACUGAAGUGCAUGGCCUGGAAAGUGAUACCAGGUACUUCUUCAAGAUGGGAGCAAAGACGGUGGUGGGAUCUGGUCCCUAUUCAAACGUUAAGGACGUGCACACCCUCCGGGAGAAGUUGUCUGAUGUUCUGGAUAUCCACUCUGUCACGGGAAUCAUUGUGGGAGUCUGCCUGGGGCUGCUCUGCAUUCUCUUCUGCAUGUGUGCCAGCUUCCGCAACAGCAAGCAGAGGGAGGCCCUGCCAGGCCUGGAUUCCCAGGCAGCUGGCAACCACACUUACUACCACCGGAGCAGGCAAGGGGUGGCAGCUCCCAGUGCCACCUUGGACUCGCAUGAGCUGGAGUCCCUCAUGUCCCCGCUCCCUGAGGAUGCAUCCAUGCCUCUGGGGGACAUCAUGGAACUGACAGAAGUGCACAGCCUCAUCCACACAAGCCUCCCUGAGGAUGUCGUCCAUGGGAAGAAGAAGUCUUCAUGGAAUAAAUCAGCCAACCAGCCCUGGACAAACAGCAUAGCCAGAUAUGGGGACACUAUCACAAAAGAGCCUCUCUCUGCUGUGAACGGAUCGCUGAAGCUCCCUUCCAGCGCAGGACAGAAGCUUUUGUUACAAGCUCUGGUUUACGAUGCUGUUAUGAAUGAAGCAAAGAAAAGUCACCCACCAGCCAGCCUCCAUCAAGUGGAAGCAGAGGUGAUUGUCCAUUCUGAUUUUUCAGCCUCCGAUAGAGACUACGACUCCCAGCUGCACACCCUUGACAGUGAAGAGACGGAAACUGAGGAGCAGGAGCCUGAGGAGCUCCCCUCGGGAGAGGUGGCUCUUCCCAGCUCGCCCAGCACCCAGCAGGACUCUAACCAAAUGCUGGUGGACUGCUUGGGCAAUUCUGAGGCUCAGGCCCCAGACGAGCUGUUACAUACCGACAGAAAGACUACCAAAACAGAGGCCGUUUGCAUCCGUGGGCUCACCAACGGCUUCCACAGGCACAGGGAGAGUCUGGAUUCGGUGGAGAGCGGAGAUUCGGACUCUAUCCAGGAAGGCAGCGGGGAUGUGCAGCCAGUCAAGUGCCAAUCUCUUUCCCCAGCCUUGGAGGAGGCCCCCCUCUGUAGUAACUCUGGUUUAACCAGUUCAUCCUCAGCAUCUGAGAGCAUGGCAUGUGUCCACAAUCAUUAAAGAGUGAACUAAUCUGAUUUUGAUCAUGGGAGAGCUAGAAGUGCUAUAAGGGCCUGUCCCUGUGAGGUGCUGCAUGCCCUUGACUCAGCCCAGCAGGAGGUAAGGCGGCACAGCAGCUCACCAGAGCAGGAUUCGGACCUUGUCAGCUGUACAUAUUGCCUUCAAGAAAUCAAUAGGUAGAUUGGUAAGGGCCCAUCUUCUUCCCACCACAGCUGAUGAGUAACUUGGUGUUUGUGGGAGCAGGAUUGAGCCAUCUGCCAAAGUCUGAUGUGAAACCAGAGCUAGAACUGAGCCUUCUGCGUUAGGCUGGGGUUGUCACUUAGCUGUAGUCCUCAAGGCGACUGGCAGGACAUCUCCUAGUGCUGGGGAGAGGCACGCUACACUGAGCGAUUCUUCUCAACCGUCUCUUCACCAAGGAGUGCCUCGGCAUUACCUACUGCCUCUCCGUGUUGGGAUGGAUUUUGUCAGAGGAGUCCCACAGCGGGGUGGAAGCCAACAGAAACAAAUUCAGUGAGCUGUAACCACCAGCCUUUUCUGCCCUCCCGUGGUUAAAAGGAUGAUAAGGCUCUCUUUGUAUGCUACCACAGUAACUAGGACUAGCAGGCUGAUGUAGUGGCCUUUUAUUACACACUCUACGAGUGCCUCUAACAACUUGUACUAUAUAGAACCUUCUUCAGUGUCUGGGUCAUUUCACCAACCUGGGCUUUGUUUUAUGUAGGUUCUUGUACCUAAUAUUUUAGGUACACAUCUGUCCUUUUAAUGUACAACAUGUAUUUUUAUUUCCUUGGAACAUCUUUAUAUUAUUUAAUUUUAUAAAGUGGAGUAGUGUGUGGUAUAGAGUAGCAUUUUUACUACUUGACUCUUUCUUUAUUUUUUCCUCCCUAACAACACAACUACCUCAUGUCUGUUGGAGAAAAAAAAAGCAGUAGAUAUACUCUUUUGUUAUAGUCCAUUAUAGGUUUUAACUUAUUCUUAUACUGCCUUUUUCUAAAGAAUAUGUUUGCACUGGUUGUUGACUAUUUUUAAGGCAUAGUGCUGCAGACCUUUUGUGUCUCUUGCUUUGUUUUGAAGUGUUGCUGUAGGACACCUUCCCUACAGCGGGAGAGUUGGGUUGUGUUUCUUUCUAGGACUGUGUUUUGCAGGAGCUAGCCAAAGAAGGCUGCUCCAUCUUUCCUGAACAAGCUUAUAGUAGUGAAGAGAAAAAAGAACCAACAAUUGCAAAAGUAACUUGUCAUCUUGGGGAAAAAAGAAUCAACAAUUGCAAAAGUAACUUGUGGUCCUGGGAACAUCUAGUUUUUUGGGUUUGUUUUUUUGGUUUGGUUUUUUUUUUAUGCCCAAGUGCAGGCAUUUCAGAUGAUUCUGAUUUCCAGAGAACAGCUCUCAGCCUUGUGUAAGCAGUGGACUUGCUGAUGGCUUUGGAUGAACAAGUGAAAUUUUCCAGUCACUUAUGAGAGUCCUGGCCAAAGUGCUUUUGGUUGUUGGGUGGUGGGUUUUGGUUUUGGUUGUUUUUUUUUUAAGAGCAGAGCAACAGCAGAGCUUGAAAAUUAAAAUAAAACCUUUGGUCUCAUACCAGCCAGUCUGAUUUGAAAGUCACCCAGUGACUCUUCCUUGCAGAUGCUGUUUGCUUACUGCUGACAUGUCUCUCAGCCUGGCCUCCUGGUGCGGGGUGAACUUUUCUCUACCUUUUCUUGAGCCUGUCUCUGCCCUGUUCCAGGCUUGCAGAGUUUGACUGCGAAUGCUACAGCUUGGACCAGCUCCAUGGGGGCAACGAGGAUCGGUAACUGUUCAUUGGGUGUUUGGUAAAUGUUCUGCCUUCCUGGAGGAUUCAGAGAUCUGGCCAUUUGUUUUGUUUAAAAAAUGAGGGGAAAGAUGCCCAUCUCCCUCUUUUCUUACUGAAAUUCCCUGAGAUAUAUGGGGAGCUGUGUGCUGACCUGAGGUCCUGUAAAAAACCUUCUUGUGGUGCAAUCUGGACUGAGAUAUCACAUGCUAGCAGCAAGGACAACCUUGCUCCACCAGCACCCUAUCCCUACUUCGGUUGUGAAGAGCCCUGCUGCAGUGUGCCCUGUGUUUGGAGCUGAGCUGGACCAGCCCGUGUCCUUGCAAUCCUCCAUCAAACCCUGUUAGCUCCAGCUCUUCAGCAGAGGAGUACCUGCAGACCUCUGUGUACCCUGUUGAGAAGGAUAUUGGAGCUUCUACCUAUCCUUUUCCUACAACAUCUCCUCCCAGCAUGACACGCUGUUCUGGUAAACGUCUGUAUUUCCAGUCCUUGCACUUACUCUGUUGCUCUGGCUGACACUUGGUGUCCUGAGGAGUCUCGGAAAUUCUGUUCCGUGCUCUGAAACACCAUGACUCUGAAAGGCUGUGGCUCAGACUGGAAACUAGUGCCAGUGAGCAGGCUGGUCAGCAGCUAGUGUGUGUGCUACCAGAGCAAGAGGCUAGAAAGGCAAGAAACCGUAACUGGGCAGAGGAAGUGUGUAAACAACCUCCAGAACUCACUCACAAGACUUUGAAAGUAAUGACCUAGCAGGGUUACAGAUAAGGCAGUGAAGUGUUAUUGAGGGCAAUAAGGGCAAUUUACAGUUAUAUGGGAGCGGAUGCAAUUGCAGAGGUACAAACCCUCCAGCUGGGGAGUAUCGGGUGUUAGCUGCAGAGGGUGGGGGAGACUUCUGCAGCUGGACCCUCCAUUUGCCGUUAGUUUCAUGGAAGAGUCCUCACCCUUCCCUGGUGACAGAACAGACCCUGUACAAGCCACAUUGCUGCUACUGAGGGACCAGAAAGCUCAUUCCAGAGCUGGUGACUUCUCACACCAACCCCUGGUGACUUCUUUCACCUUCAAAACCAAGUCAUCUGCCUGCAAGCACGCCGAAGGAGCACUUCUGCUUAGCAGGCAGCGCCGGCAGGACUUUGGCCAGCAGCAGGUGUGACCAGGGCACCGGAGUUCUCCUGGCUCCCUGUCAUAACAUUGUGCCUGGGGUGAGUGAUGUGCCAGCCUUGAGCUUUCCAUCAGGGGCCUGUGGGGUGGAGGCUCAGUCCAGCAGCUGAUUCAGGCAUGUGCCACAGUUUUGGGGGCACUCCCUUGUACGUGUCCCCUUUGCUUUGUCUGGACUGACUUCAGCAGUUGUAUAGCCAUGAGGUGAGCGUUGCUGCUCUGCCCAAAAGCUGUCCCUGCCUGUUACUGAAGCCAGCACAAGCUGGCGUGGUGUGGCACCGUUCCCCUGGAUCACCUUGGGCCAAUCACAAAACCACCGAGUAAGUUACGUGUUCCAAGAGCUUUGGAGGAGAUACAGCAGAGUGCAAACAAUUCGGCUUAUGCAGCACAAAAAUACUUUGUCUCCUCACGCUGAGGCUUAUUCUGAUCUUGUUAUGUCCCACUGAGUUGUACCAGCGUGUGAAACUGGCAGUGUUUGGAUGUCCAAGUACGGUGGUGGCCGUGGACUGGCAUGGCAGACCUCAGCUACAGAAAUCAAGGCCAUUCCUCAGAGCCAAGAGAUCAGCGCUGACCAGCAGCAGCGAAGCUGUUCUCACUACAAACGUGUGUCCAGGCGGAGUGCUGGGUGUCCUUGUCCAACUCGGCUGUAGCCCAGGUCCUUCCUGUCCUGAACGCACGUGAGACCUUUCUAGUCUCAGCUAGCAAUGAAUGGAAGAAGACAGAUAAUACACAUUUUGUGUGUGAAGCUGAAACAACCAGUGCAUAUAUUUUUUUAUCAUGAAAUAAGUAGCUUUCUUGCAGAUUUCUCACAGACACACAAACUGUUGUUACCUUUAAUUACCCAUCAUACUUAAUCUAUGUUCCUACACAUCAGGCUUCUUUCUCCCUUUUCUUCCUUUCAGUAACACUAAAGAUUAUUGCUGUUCAACAUUUUGCUGGUGUAUAUUGUUUUACAUUGUUAACAUGUCAGGUUUGUCUCACUGGCAUAAUUUUGUAGUAUUAAUGUUACUGUUUGGCUACACAACUGUAUAUUCCCCGUGCUGCUGCAAGAGUCGCAAUUCUCAUCCUUUCAUUUUUAAUUCCUUGUUACAUGAAACACAUGACUUGGAUAAAAAUCUCUUUCAACUUUUUGUUGAUUUUAUUUCUUACUUAACAGACAGCAAAGUUCUGGUUUAAAUAGUUCAAAUGAGAUAAUUUAUAAUCUAGGGUUUGAGAAUUUUUUGCAUUAUUAGCUAACAAUCUUGAGAUCAGCCCAUGAAAUAUGCUGUGUAAGAAAACAACCAUUAUAAUGGUUUAUAUAUGAUUUUGAUCUCCUUAGAAAUAGUUGUUUUGAAGGGAUCAUUGUGUCUUUUCUAAUCAAUACUUUUGUUAGAAAAGAAGUGUUUAGUCCAGCAGAAAUCUACCAUCUAGUUCUGUUAUUGUAUUCCCUUGCUUGUAUUGGAAUUUCAUUUAAUUUUCUACACAGUGCAUAAGAAUGUGUAACCAGAACUUGAUCUCGUUUGAAGAUUGUGUCUGUGUUUGGUUCCAUGCUGUACUUAAUUAUAACUUUCUUUCUUCAGAGACUGUUCUUACUCCACAAAUACUCCUUAGUGUUAAAGUGUAAGAAGACAUUGUCCUUAUAUUCCUUAACUAAUGGGUUAUUAAUAAAAUAUUAAAAGA